AUGGCGAGCCCGAUGACCGUUAAGUUCCCUUGUCUGAUAACUCAUAUGUAUUCCCAACUUAUGCAUCCUAGGUAUCUCAUUGAUAUGUCAGGGAAGCAAGAUGAGAGAUCUACAGCAGUGGACGACGACGCUGCUGAAGGUCGAGGCUCAGACCCCCGAGACCAGUCCCGUAGAGACGGGGAAGAUUCCAGAUCCCAGGGAAAGAAGGGAAAGAAGAAGGCCAAGGGUCAAAACAUUGAUCGUUCAUUUGGGAGAUUCGAUGAUGCUAUUCCACUUUGUAACAGCAGGGCUUAUGCUCGGGAAUUCUCACCAAAGGAAUGUCCGUACGGUGAAAAGUGCAGAAUGUGCCACGAUCUGCGCAAAUAUCUCAGCGAAGGUCGACGCGAAGACGUGGAAGCCCUUGGUGGAAAGUGUCCCGCUUUUGAGGCACACGGCUUCUGCUCUUCCGGCUGGAAAUGCCGCUUUGUCAAGAGCCAUAUGGAAGAAAUCGAGCACGAAGAUGGCAGGAAGGAGCUGAUCCAGCUGAAUCGCAAACGAAUCGACUUCACCAAGACGGACCAGUACAUUACAUGGUUAAACCACGAAUCCAACAUUAGCCAAGACUUCCAUCAUCGCCGCAAAGACCAGCCAGAAUUGGGCCUCGAAGACCUUCGGGCUCGGUAUGUUGACCCGCCGUUCAAGCCGUCUGAGAAGCGCCGUCUUUACUUUGGCGCUGAGACUCCGACUCUCGCCCCUUUGACCACGCAGGGAAACCUCCCAUUCCGACGGCUGUGUGUAGAGCUCGGCUGUCAAGCCACCUACUCAGAAAUGGCCUUGGGAAUGCCUCUGCUCCAAGGUUCCAAGCCUGACUGGACGCUGAUGCGCGCUCACAAGUCCGAGAUUACGCCCCCCAAGAUGAAUCCCGGAGCUAUCCCGUUGUUUGACGACUACAACCACUCGCGCGAUCUGAAAUUUGGCGCCCAAAUCUCGGGCAGUGCUCACUGGGUUGUCACCAAGGCUGCUGACGUCCUCAACCGUUUCUGCCCUCACCUUCGGCUCAUCGACCUCAACUGCGGCUGCCCCAUUGACAAGGUAUUCAAGUCAGGCGCCGGAUCCGCGCUCCUCGAGGCAAGUGGUAAAAUGGAGCGCAUGAUUAGAGGUAUGAAUGCCGUGUCUGGCGAGAUCCCCAUCACCGCCAAGAUCAGAACUGGUGUUCGCAAGGACCGCCCGACAGCGAGCCAAGUCAUCGGCAAGCUAGCCUUUGGAGCUCGCGAGCAUCGCGAACGGCUUGGUGCUCCUGGCUGUGCGGCGCUCACUCUCCACGGCCGCAGCCGUGAGCAGCGCUAUACCAAGACGGCGGACUGGGGCUACAUUGGAGAAUGCGCAGCCCUCAUCAAGACGUACAAUGAUGAAAAGGCCAAGAUCACCGACACUAUUGCCGAGCCCGAUGAGAGCACCCUGCCCAACGCCAAAGACGGCCGCAUGUACUUCCUCGGCAACGGCGACUGCUACUCCCACGUCGACUACUACGAGCAUAUCGAAAAGGCCCGCGUCGAUACCGUCAUGAUUGGCCGUGGCGCCCUCAUCAAGCCUUGGAUCUUUGAGGAGAUUGAAAAGGGCCAAUACCUGGACAAGUCAUCCACCGAGCGUCUCGGCUACAUUGAGAAGUUUGUCAAGUUUGGUCUCGAGGCCUGGGGCUCGGACGAGCUGGGCAUUGGCUUCACCAGACGCUUCCUCCUCGAGUAUCUCAGCUUCGCGCACCGCUACGUGCCGAUUGGUCUGUUGGAGCACUUGCCUCCGCGAUUGAAUGACCGACCGCCGGCGUACAAGGGCAGAGAUGAGAUGGAGACGAUGAUGGCAUCGGACAAUUACAGGGACUGGAUCAAGAUCAGCGAGAUGUUCCUCGGACCUGUUCACCCAGGCUUCCAAUUCCAACCCAAGCACAAGUCCAACUCUUACGAAGCCGAGGGAUAAAUGUGCUAGAAUCCUAUACAC